GUCUCAAAAUUGUUAGAGAGCAGAACGUGUUUAAGUACGUAAAAUGUGUUAUUCAUUCAUUGCAAAUACGACUCAAACGUUUUAAUUUUAUGAGUGAGUUUCUAGUGUAUUGUGAUUACAAUAUACGGCUGAGAAAUCAUUUAAAAUGAUUUCGGAAAAUUUUAGUGUCAGCGGCAGCAAUGAGGACAUGCCAUCAAAAACCCAGUCAACGAUCACGCUCGACAGAAAAGACGCUGUUGUGGAAAAUGACUACAAUCCUUUUGAACACAGGACGUUAGAACACAAGACAUCAACCAUCGGAGCUUUCUUUCACCUACUGAAAUCUUCGUUGGGAUCAGGUAUCUUAGCGAUGCCUAUGGCGUUUAAGAACAUAGGUCUCAUUCCUGGGUCUAUAGGAACUGUCGUAGUGGCUGUUAUAGCCACGCACUGUGUACAUAUCCUUGUUUCAACAUCCAGAGAUGUGUGCAAAGCGACGAAAACACCAUCUUUAAGUUACACAGACACUUGUGAGACUGUCUUCAAAAUAGGACCUAGAAAAUUACGGCCCUAUUCCCUGCAUGUAAGAUAUUUCGUGGAUGCUGCAAUGGCUGGAGUCUGUCUCGGCGGGACCAGUGUGUAUGUUAUAUUUAUAGCAUCUUCAUUAAAAGACAUCUUCGAUCACCUGACUCCUCAACACAUCUUAUCUGUUGAAAUCUACUGCUGCAUUCUCCUUCUGCCGUUGAUCAUAAUUACCCAAAUACGAUACCUCAAAUUCCUUGUUCCGUUUUCUUUAUUUUCCAAUUUAUGUCUAAUCGUGACUUUCGGCAUAACAUGCUAUUACACCUUCCAUGACAUCCCUACGCCUUCAGAAGCAAAGUUAGUCGUUGAUAUUUCAAGAUGGCCGUUAUUUUUGAGUACAGCGAUAUUUGCAAUGGAAGGCAUUAAUGUAGUGAUGCCGGUGGAAAAUGAAAUGGCAAAACCGGAGAAAUUCCUCGGCUGUCCUGGUGUAUUGAACUUCACCAUGAUAUUUGUGGCAGUAUUGUAUGGUGUGGUCGGUAUAUUCGGCUACCUUAAAUACGGGAAUGAAGUCAUGGGAAGCGUGACCAUAAAUUUACCGCAGGAUGAAAUACUAGCGUUAAUAGCAAAAUUCUUGGUGGCUAUAGCAGUAUUCUUCACGUACUGCCUGCAAAUGUACGCGCCUAUGGAUAUUAUUUGGACUAGACUGAAACCUCAUAUUGGCAGCGGCUAUCACAAUUCAGCCCAAAUUCUACUAAGGACUCUUAGCGUUGUUUUGACGGUGGUACUGGCAAUAGCUAUACCCGACUUAGGACUCCUUAUUGGAUUGGUGGGAGCCAUCUUCUUCUCGACCCUCGGUAUACUCAUACCAGUUAUUGUACAAACAGUACACAAAUGGAACAAAACGAGCUUAAGUUCGUAUUUGUUGUGGAAAAACGGGUGCCUACUUAUAAUUUAUUUCAUCGUUCUGAUUUCCGGCUGCUAUUCAGCUGUGAGAGACAUUUUAAUUAAAUAUAGUUCAAUGUGAUUAAUUAAA